AUGCGCGUACUUGUCUGGAUCGCGGGGUUGGCGCCACUGGCCGUGGCCGUCCCCUCGAGCAGCUAUCGAGUUGCUGUUGCAGCUCGUGCUGACAACACGUCUGCCUCCGUCGCCCCCAGCCAGAACGUGAGUGGCGCUGCCCCUCCAGAGCUGGUUGUGUACACGCUACCAUGCGAAGACGGCAACUCCACUGCUCGCACGGCGGAAAUCCGGCUCAAGCAGGCGACGCUGCUCUAUGGCCCGUCGCUGCUGGGAAACGCUUCUUACUUUCCGGGGGGACCCCUCGGCGACGCCAUCUCUCUGCGGGACCAGACGGUGUGGGAGGGUGCCGCGGUAGUCCAAUCACUUCGUGCGUUUACAGACGCUGCCAAGGUAGCUGCCAACAUCAAACAGAAUGGUGGACUGAACAGCCUUGAUGAUUUCAAGGUGCUGUACCAGGACGGGUGGAAGGGCUCCGUGCCUCAAGGCAUCGCUCGGGGCCAAUCAGAGAACUACACUUCUGAUCUUCUCUUCUCCAUGGAACGCUUGUCCGUCAACCCGUACAUCCUCAAGCGGCUUCACCCGACCGAGGACGCGUUGCCGUUCCAGGUGGACCGGGCGACGGUCAAGCAGCUCACCAAGACGAGCCUCAAGGCGCUGCACGCCGCCGGCCGCCUCUUCGUGGCGGACCACAGCUACCAGCGCAACUACACCAGGCUUGCGAACCGGUACUCGGCGGCCUGCACGGCGCUCUUCUACCUGGACCCGCGCAGCAACCAGUUCCUGCCUCUGGCCAUCAAGACCAACGUCGGCGCCGACCUGACCUACACGCCGCUCGACACGGACAACAACAACUGGCUGCUGGCCAAGAUCAUGUUCAACAACAACGACCUCUUCCACGGCCAAAUCUUCCACGUCGCCUACCCGCACGCCAUCGCCGAGAUCGUCCACCUCGCCGCCCUCCGCACCAUGAGCGCCCGCCACCCGGUCCUCGCCCUGAUGGAGCGAUUAAUGUACCAAGCCUACGCGGUGCGGCCCCUCGGCGAGCGAGUUCUCUUCAACAAGGGUGGCCUGUUUGAGCAGAACUUUGCCUACCCGCAGGACAUGGUCUACAAGUUCGUCGGGGACUCGUACCCCACCACGGGGAGGUGGCGCGCGGGGUACCUGGACACGGACGUCCGGGCCAGGGGGCUGGUUGAUGCCGACUACGGCCCCGAGCUGCCGCACUUCCCCUUUUACGAGGACGGCUCGCGGCUGGUCGAGGUGAUCCGGAGGUUUGUGCGCAGCUUCGUCGACGCGACGUACCACGAGAGCGACGAGAUGGUGGCCAAGGACGCGGAGCUGCAGGCGUGGGUGGCCGAGGCCAACGGGCCGGCGGGGGUGGAGGACUUUGAGCCGGGCCCGCUGGACACGCGGGAGCGGCUGGUGGAGGUGCUGACGCACAUGGCGUGGCUGACGGGGUGCGCGCACCACGUGCUCAACCAGGGCGAGCCGGUCACGGCGUCGGGGGUGCUGCCCAUGCACCCGACGGCCCUGUACGCGCCGGUGCCGACGUCCAAGGCCAACACGACGGCGGACCUGCUGGGCUACCUGCCGAGCGCGCAAAAGUCGGUCGACCAGGUCACGCUGCUGGCGCGCUUCAACCGGCCAGACGUCGUGCCCACCAACCAGACGCUGAGGUACAUGUUUGCCGCGCCACAGCUGCUGCUGGGCAACGGCGAGGCCUACAGGCGGGCCAACCAGAGGUUCGUCAGGGCCAUGGGGAGGAUCAGCGACGAGGUCAAGUAGUAGUAGUAGUAGUAUUAUUUAACGCCGGGCUCGGCCCGGCUCAUUAGCCGGCCGUUAGCAACCUCCCGAGGGGUAUCUCGGCGCGCUUUCUAUUUUCUCUAUUUACACAGCGGAAAACAAGGGCAUAGAAGCGAAUCGAGCCUGACCGGGUUCGUGCCCGGUCCUGCUUACAGGUUUGUUCACUGACGCGACCCCGUGCCUUCAGGCGCACGGAGGAUUCGUCUGACGGCAGUUGACGGCUCUUCAUCGAGAGGGGCCUGUGUCCAAACAGCGGAGCUGUCGGUCGUUUGUAGCCAUGGAGACGAAGUCCCCAACAAGUGUGGGCUCGACGGCACAGGCGGGUGGUUGUUGUCGAUAGCCAGCCGGGUUAUCCUUGCCACGGGUAAGCGGGGAGGAGGUGGAGGGAGCAGGAUUCGAACCUACGUUACUCAAGUAACAGCCAUGGCGCUUAACCACUGCGCCAUUCCCCCCAGCGACGAGGUCAAGGCGAGGAGGUU